AUGUUGAAUUCCAAUAUAUUUAGUUUAAUUUUCUAUCAUUUUUUAAAUGCCAAAUUGGCAUGUGUGGUGCUAUUUCACUGUUGGAAUAAGGAGACCCUUUACCGUUUCUCCAUUUUGUCCUCACAGCUCUCAUUCUAUGCCCAAUAUGUUAAUUUGAAUGAUACCUCGGCUUUGCAUAAUUUUGGUCCGCGUUAUAUGCGCUAUGAUAGGCCUCAAAUUGCUGUUUUUAUGGACAUGAAUUGUAAUCAAACGGAUGAAUUCAUACAAGAGAACAGUCAGCUGCGUUUCUUCAACUAUCGCUACAAUUGGCUAAUCUACGAUGAACUCUCUAAUUUCUCACGUUUUUAUAAUACCUUCAAAAACGUAAAUCUCUCUGCGGAUACUCAGUUGGCCUAUGUGGUACCCAAACAACCUCAAAUCUCCUCGGACUCAAACAAAACUUCUUACAUCAACUUUGAUGUCUACAAUAAUGGCUGGUUUAUAGGUGGCUCAAUUAAUAUAACCACUAACUAUGAAAUAGAAUGCAAUGGCACAGGAUGUGAGAGAACUAAAUAUCUAUCGGAUUUAUACAAGAGGUCUCUCUAUGGCAAUAGAGAGAGUUUAAGAGAUGUUACCAUGAGAGCAGCAGUGGUGGUUACUCGUUAUGAUCUGAAUGCUCCCGAGCAGGAAAUACAAGAGUUUCUGCUGAAACAACAAGAUUUUCAUAUUGACCCAUUGUCCAGAUUGGGCAUUCAAAUAUUUCGUCUGCUGCAAGACUCUUUGUACACCAAAGUUAAUUAUACCUACUAUGACCGCUGGACCGAUGUGGAUUAUACGGGCGGCAUAGUUGGCGCCUUGGUCAAUGACACGGCUGACUUAACUACGGCUCCCUUUUUCACGACAGCCGGUCGUUUUCGUUUCCUUACCCCUAUAGCCCCUACUGGAGCCUUUCGUUCGGUUUGCAUGUUUCGCACUCCCCGCAAUUCCGGCAUCCAGGGUCGUGUGUUCAUUGAACCAUUUAGCACUAAAGUUUGGAUUAUGUUUGGCAGUAUUUUGGCCUUGGCUGCCAGCUUUCUAUGGUUAACUUUCUUUGUGGAGUAUCAUCGCAUGAGACCUUAUAUUGAGUUUGUACCCUCCUUGCUGACGACUUGUUUGAUUUCUUUUGGUUCGGCCUGUUCGCAGGGCAGUUUUUUGAUACCCGGUUCGUUGGGUGGACGUUUGGGUUUUAUAUCAUUGUUGAUUAUUUGUUUUCUGGUUAAUAACUAUUAUACAUCGGUGGUGGUAUCAACACUGUUGGGUUCUCCCGUUAAAUCGAAGAUAAAGACAGUGGGGGAAUUGGCGGACUCUAAUUUGGAGGUGGGAUUGGAACCGUUACCGUAUACAUACACGUAUUUGAAUUUUUCCACCCUGCCCGAUGUCCGUCGUUUUGUCAAGCGCAAAAUUGAGAGCAAAAAGAACUUCUGGUACUCGGCUCAAGAUGGCAUCGAUAAGAUGCGCGAAAAACCUGGCUUUGUAUUCAUUUUCGAGACCUCCACCGGCUUUAAUAUAAUCGAAAAUCAAUUUAAUCUGCAUGAAAUUUGCGAUCUAAAUGAGAUACUAUUUCGAACAGAUACUUUAUUGACCACACAUUUGCAUAAGAACUCCAGCUACAAGGAAAUUCUUAGACUCAAAAUUAUGCGCAUUUUGGAGACCGGGAUCCAGGCCAAACAUCGCCGCCUAUGGGUACGCACUCAUUUGAAUUGUAUUUCGAAUAAUUUCAUCAUUAACGUGGGCAUGGAGUAUGCGGGGCCUUUAUUUCUUUUACUAAUGUGCGGCUAUUUGAUUGUGUUGAUCAUAUUUAUGCUGGAAAUUAUAUGGCAUCGUUAUGCCAUGAGCAGGAAAAGGAUGAUGAUCAUAGAAAUGCAGGCUGAGGAGAUAAAAUUUUCUCAAAAUAUGAUUAAUUUCUCUUUACUUAACCUCAUUUUAUAUAAUUUCUUAGAAAAUCAUAUAAAAUGGUUAAUUGUUUUAAACUGUUGGGAUGUGGAAACCCAAUUACAGUUUACCAAAAUGGCCAUGAAUGAAAGUUUGUUUGUUCAAAUGUGGCCUAUAAAUCGUUUAAAACUGGAGGGUGAUCUGGAGGGUCGCAUAUUGUUCCAUGAAAAUCCUCAUGUGGCCGUUUAUUUUGAUAUGAAUUGUACGAAAUCCCCAGAUAUUCUGCAAAAGGCCAGUGAGGAAAAACUAUUCAAACAACAUUUCCACUGGCUAAUCUAUGAUCCCUCUUCGGAUUUAUGGAAUUUCAAAGAGGUUUUUCAACAUUUCCAUUUGGCUGUAGAUGCUGAUGUUACUUUGGCCUUGCCCAAACCGAAUUUAAUAAAUUCCCCUAAAAAUUCUUCUUAUAUUUUAUAUGAUAUUUAUAAUAAUGGCUAUAAUUUGGGUGGUAAACUAAAUGUGACCCAAGAUCGUGAAUUAAUAUGCUCCACAACUCAUUGUAGCUUAAAACAAUAUUUGUCUUCUCUAUAUAAGAGAACAAAAUAUGAGCAUCGCUGGUAUUUGAGAGACCUAACCAUGAGAGUAACUACAGUGGUCACCUAUGUCCCUUUAACAGCCCCGGAAAAUGAAAUAUUCGCCCAUUUAAAUUCCAUCAAAGACAAACAUAUUGAUGGGGUGGCCAAGUUUGGUUUUCAAUAUUCAAUGAUUUUAAAAGAGAAUCUGGAAUGCGACUUUCGCUACAACUUCACCAAUAUGUGGAGCCGCACCGAAGUCGCUGGCGGUUGCAUUGGUGCUAUGGGCAUAGAUGGCUCUGCCGAUCUUUCCUCCUCCCCCUUUCUAUCCACCAAAAAUCGUCUGAAAUACGUACAAGCCAUGAUGCCAUUGGGUAACUUUCGCCAGGUCUGCAUGUUUCGUACCCCCCACAAUGCUGCCAUACAGGGUGGAGUUAUUCUCAAACCUUUCUCCAUAAAAGUCUGGAUAAUUUUUGGUGCCAUCUUAGUACUGAUUGCCUUUUUAUUGUGGCUGACAUUUUUUGUGGAAUUUCACAAGAUGAAAGCGUUAAUGGAUUUUUUACCCUCCCUUCUAACCACCUGUUUAAUAUCGUUUGGUUCGGCCUGCUAUCAGGGAAGUUUUCUGAUACCGAGUUCGAUGGGUGGUCGUCUUGCUUUUAUAACUUUGUCGCUAUUGACUUUCAUCAUCUAUAAUUAUUAUACCUCAAUAGUGGUGGCCAUAUUGUUGGGGUCGCCGGUCAAAUCGAAUAUCAAGACAAUGGGCCAGUUGGCUGAUAGUAAUUUGGAGGUGGGCUUGGAGCCAAUACCGUAUACGAAGAUGUAUUUGAAUGUCUCCCCUCUACCCGAAAUCAAAAGAUUCAAACGCAAUAAAAUCGAUUCCAAACGAAAUCCCGCCAGUGUCUGGAUGAAAGUCGAAGAUGGCUUACGCCGGGUGCGUGAAGAUCCCGGCUUUGUAUUUGUCAUUGAUUCCUUUUCCGGCAACGGUUUAAUAGAGAAUUCCUAUACGGAUCAGGAAAUCUGUGAUUUAAAUGAGGUACCUUUAAGGCCCGAACAGCCUCUUUAUCAGCAUUUGCCUAGGAACUCUUCGUACAGGAAAAUUGUGAAAUUGAAACAGCUACGUAUUUUAGAGUCUGGUAUCUAUAACCGCCACCAUCGCCAGUGGAUGACGAGCCGCUUGAAUUGUUAUUCAUCGAGCAGUUUCCUGGUGCAGGUGGGCUUGGAGUACACUGCCCCAUUGUUUAUAAUGCUGGCAGCGGCUUAUGUUUUGGUGUUGAUUCUAAUGAUGCUGGAAAUAUUGUGGUCGAAAUUUGAGCAGAAGUUGAGGUGUAGGGAGAGGAAGGAGUGA